GGCACCUUUUUGUCCUCGCAUUAGUUAUCUUAUCAGGCUCUGCCCCUCCAUACCACAUGCCAAAAUCCAGGAUCCCAGGGUCCCUCGUGGUCAGCACCCAAAUCGGUCACACGAGAUGUAACCCGGAAUGCAUUUAGCUUUUCCGGUUCCUCGGUUCUCAUCGAAAGAAACAUCUGCGAAUCAGACCAGAAACAGGCGGUAGGAAUUUCAGCCGCAAUCAUGACCGACCCUGCGUUCAAGCCCGCGCUAUUGGUCGUCGACAUGCAAGAGGACUUUUGCCCUCCGAACGGCUCCCUCGCCGUCGCCGAAGGCCGCGAUAUCACCCCCCUAAUCAACACCCUGCUCGCCCUCCCAAGCAGCACCCUGCCCCUCAAGAUCGCCACCAAAGACUGGCACCCGCCCAACCACAUCUCCUUCGCGCGCAACCACGGCCCCCAGAAACAGCCCUUCACCGACACCACCACCAUCACCAACCCGCUCAACCCCACCGAACAGUACACCACCCGCCUCUGGCCGGCGCACUGCAUCCAAGACACGGCCGGCGCGGCGCUCAUCCCGGAGCUCGACACCACCCACCUGACGCACACCAUCACCAAGGGCACGGACCCCCGCCUGGAGAUGUACAGCGCCUUCUACGCGCCCCUCGCCAACCCGCGGGUGUCCGACAGCGGGCUGGCCGCGCUCCUGCGCGGGGCCGGCACGACCCACGUGUACGUGGUGGGGCUGGCGGCGGACUACUGCGUGCGGCGCACGGCGGAGGACGCGGCGCGGGAGGGGUUCGCGGCGGUGGUGGUCGAGGAGGCGACGCGCGCGGUGGAGCCGGCCGGGUGGGCGGCGUGUAAGGCGGAGAUGGAGGCCGCCGGGGUGCGGGUGGUGGGGUGGGAGGGGGAGGAGGUGAGGCGGUUGUUUCGGUCUGGGGAGUAGUUGGGGAGUAGGGGGUUGUGGGUUGGGUGUGGGAAUACGUUUUUGGAGAAGAGAAUGUGCAUAACAGUGGUCCGUCUAUAAUCUGUAGGAAUAUGAGCGUGUGUUAGUUGCACAUCGAUGAAGCACGGCUGAAGAUGGGAAAAAUAAAAACAAUGGUUGCCC